GCUCGUCUCUUUCCUUCGAAAUUGUGAAAUGGAAAUAAGGAUUCAGUUUGAGAGGCCGAUGUUUUUGGUUUAUUUCAAUUUUCAAUUUUCUGCAAUUUUUUUAAUUAAAUUUAACGGCUGAAUGACAAAAACCGGACAAGCGGCUCGAUCGGCUCAAGCGGUUAACUGCCUCGACCGCUCAUCAACCGCUACAUAAAACCGUAGCGCCUUUUAGAUUGUUCUGAGCCUGUUUUGUGACCGGGUGGCGGUUUUACAGGUUGGACCGAAUGGCUCGGCUCGACUUUAAUAACACUGAGAUGAACUACUGAAAAAAAGUUAACUUACUUCAUUCUCGUCCUUCAAUCAAGCUACAAUCCGCAUUUCCUUUCUUGUUGUCAUUGUUUUUUGAAAUCUCCAAGUAGCUAGACCAUCUCGUAGGAGGAAUCAAUGAAAAUCCUGGACUUAGACGGCUUAAUAAUGGCUUAAUCUGCAUACUGUUCUCGAAUCCCGAGCUAUUGACUCAGCUGCUAUUGAAUCCAAGCCGGUUAGAAUGUGAAUCUUGGUUUCUUGCAAGACCUGUUAUGCUUCUUGCAGUAUCUUUUUUGCUUCUUCUACAGUCAUUUAUGGUAUUUUUUUUUCCCGUUGUAGUUCUGUUUUCAGAACACUUCUUCGGAAAAGCCGUUGUUGCUUGCUGCUUGCAAGCUCGAAAAUAUCUCUUUCGCCUCCCCUCCCUGUUGUCAAAUCGGUUUAUACCAGUGUGCCGGUUUAGCAAGUGGAAUGAUUCAACCAAUGGUACAUACCGAUUUGUGCCGGUUCAUAUCGGUUAAAAUUACAAAUAAACUUACAAAUACUCAUAUUUAAACACGACAUUUAACAUCAAAACCUAAACAUUUAUACUUGAAUCUAACAAAUAACAUCAACAUUUAACUUUUAAACUCAUAAAAUAAAUAAUAAAUCAAUUUUUUAUCAAUUAAAUUCAUUAAAAUAAUAUUAUUUUACUUAGAGAUUCAUAGAUCGAUCAUUCCGGUCAUACUGAUGGUGUCACGCCGGUUUUAUGACCAGUAGCGAUUGAACCAGAUUCAACCGGUAGCACGCCGGACAACCAUGCCAUCUCAACAUCAUGCAAUUUUUCUUGAUCCCUCAAAUCUAAAGUAGGGAAUCAUAUUUAUGAAUUGUUUUAUUCUAUAAGAAGGAACUCCAUGUCUCGUCCUUGCUGGUACUACUAAGGGAAAUCUAACCACUUUUGUUCAUCAUGCACCAAUUAUUACUUUCUCCUUAUCGCAAAGGCCACCAAACCGAAAACUAGUCAUCAGUUCUCAUUAAUCUGCUGAUCAUCAAUAUAUUUUUAUUGUAUUCCUUAUUUUCUGAUGAUAAGUCUUAAAAAUAGAUUCUCAGACCUCAACAAAUCAGACCGUCCCGCCCAUUAUUAUCGCAGUAAAUCACAAAUUCUGUUAUCUGAAGAAAAAAAAAACAGCCUAAUAAUACUAGGAAAAGGAAGAAUUACAGCAUUGGAUGGGAAAACAGAGUACGGGUAUAAUAGGGAAGUAAACUGAUUUUUUUUUUUUUGUAACUCGAGUGGCACCUCUGCCUCCCUUCUCUCUAAUUGUGGCUGUAUUCAGGAUUCAGGAAUAGUCCACUGCCCACUUAACCGGUCAGCUUCGAUUCCUUUUCCAUUCUUACUUUUCCUGCAAUUUUGCUGCUGUUGGGUUUCAGGUUGCUCGCUCGAGGGUUUUGGGUUUUUCUUUGUUCGAUGAUCAGCUUCCGAAUAGUCUGUCUAUGUUGAGUGAGCGAUCAUGGGUUUUGGAAUUUCACUCCCUGGCUAGCCUUUUGCUUUGUUUUGGUAACUUUCGUUGUGGGGUAUUGUCUUGUUAUCGGUAAAUUUUACAGCGAUGGGGUGGGGUUUCGAUGAUCCUCUAAAUAGUGAUUUGUAGCUCACUCCCCUGUUCUUUGAAGGCUUGAAAGUUGCUGAAUUUAGUUUUUUUUUUUUUUUUGCUUCCUUUCCUUCCUUCUAUGGGUCGUCAAUGGCGAUCAUCGUGUUCCUUUUUCUCGCCCAGUUGCUGGGUUUUCUCCCCCCGCGAGCUGUUUUUGUUCCCCUGAUUUUCUGAAUCGCUUAGGUUUAGCUUACUCCUUCAGAGGGUUUUAGAGACCCCUGGGUUUGAUAUAUUUCGUUGUUGGGUUCUUCUGGCGCUAUGGAAGAAUCAGAGAUCAGUAAAUUCGUAGCCUUUUGUGGGUUUUCUUCCAUGAAAAACUUACUUGAUCUCUUUAAUGGCGGAAGAAGAAGGUGCAUUACUUGGGAAUCCCUUUUAAUUUGAAACGAAAACCCUUCUUUUUAGGGUGGAACCUCUGUUGCAUAUUGCACAGAGUUUGUGUUGCUUGUUUUAAGCAAAGAUGGAUGGAAGUCUGGCACUGCACUUGCCAUUAGUCUUCUGGGCUUUUUUUUUCUUGCUUUCUUUAUGCUGUGUUGAAGAAUCCAUGUCACUGAAUCAGAACUCUUUUGAAAUAGCUGGGAUUUGAUACUGAGCUAUCGUUCUUGAUUACACCCGUACUCGUAUGUAUCGAGUGCUGACCUUAUUCUGUCAAUUGAAGCGAGCUAAAAAGUUUUGCUGUGUAGUUUGUGAUUGUCUUGUCUUGUCUUGUGUUGUGUAACAUGUUGCUUGCUUCUUCAGCUUCCCUUGGUGGAGUGUCACUGAAAUGGACUUUCUGAAAACUAUACAUCCUUUUUCUAGGCAAAGGCACGAUUGCCCUACAAGAUGGAGGACAAAGUUACGUCUUGGGUUGGUGGUAUAUACAGAAAGGUUGAAGCUAUGUGUAUGGAGGCUGAUGAUAUGAUGCGCCAGGAAGCACAAGCCUUUGUAGAAAUCCAUUUACAAAGCGUGGGUGCCAAUGUGAAGCAGUUUUGCUCGGAAUUUGUACGAGAUGUGCUUCCUCAGUCUUCUAAUGGAUCAUCUACCAGAAUCAAGCAACGUUUUCAGGUCUCGAAGGAAACUACUGAUGCAGUUACGUACAAGAACUCUAAGUCAGCUGUUGAGGAAGAGCAACUUCAAAUUCAAAAACAUGACAUGCUCCCAGAAAAGAUAGAUCACGAGGAGUCGGUUUCGUGCAACAACCCACCUAUUGAGGCCACACUUCAAACCGAGGUUCCUUCGGAGGUGACCUUAGAAGAAAGCUAUUAUCAGGAGGAAACCCAAGUUCAAUGCGAAAAAGAUGGUGUGACAUCAGAGGAUCGUUGCCAACCCGCGGUCUCUGAUGAUCUACUGGAGCAACACUCUUCCUCCAGUGAUGUUAAAUCUGCAGCAGCUGCUGAACUGGCAGACUCCGGUGAUGAUGAUAGUUUGAAUGCUGAAUGUGCUCCUUAUGAGCAAGCCACUGCAGGACAAUUCGAUGGUUGUUGCAGCAAUGAAACUCCAAAUUCGAUAUCUCCCAAUGGAGUGAAGCUUGACGAAAGCUGCAUUGUAGUGGAUGAUUUAGAACUCUACGGUCUUUCGAGUCAGGAAAGACGCUACAGAACACACUGGUCUUACAAGAAAAAGUUGAAGGAAGUUCUUGGCUUGGCAUCAAAGUCGAUGAAGCAGAAUCGGAGAAACCAGGAUCCUGCAGCAGCUUGUCCGGAAGUUAGGGAAGUCGAAGAAGGUGGUGAUCAGGAGAACUUUGGAUCAGACUGGGAAAUCAUCUGAGCAGUAUGAAUUCUUCUGAAACUUUUUAAAGUUUUCUGGUGGAGAAGAAAUGAAUGAUUAGUGUAGAGAGAAAGAGAGGGAGUUUUAAGAUGGAGUAAUUUUGAGGCAGACCAAAAUAAACUGAUUACUUUCUCUGUAAUGCGGAGGAGAUGGCUUUUGUGUUCUUCUGAACUCUCCCACCAGCAUGUCGUUGUUAUUUCACCGGCGCUGGCAAGGGUUGUAGCCAUUGAUUUAUGCUGAGAGUUUCGAUUGAUACAGGAAUAUAACUAAAUACACAUGAUCGGUCGAUGUUUCAACUUUUGUCACGUUUGUCACUGAAAAAAGUACAAGUUACAAACUUUAAAUAUCUAUUUUUCACCGGUCACUGGCCGUUCAUAUUCGUUCAUUACCGACUCAGCUUAAUUUAGAGAAAGCAAGAAUUUUUUAUUACUUGAUGUAGAUUUUCUUUUUGAACGUAUGUAGCUACAUUUGCCUUGUCAAUUAAAAGGAACUUCGAUCAUACCAAGUCUUGUUCCGAUUGACGAGGCAUACUCAUAGCACGAUAAUAAAAAAAACCGUGUUUGUGAAAACGUACUGUACCAGCUAUUCAAAUGAAAAAAUUUCAUAUGG